UCCCGAUGUUCAGGUCAGUAAUAUAUCAAUGGAGUUCUUAGUUUAUUUGCUUUUCUCAUCUAUUUUGCCCAACCAUAUUGUACCAGAUUCAAGGCAGUAAAAAUUCAAAAUUAGUUUCAGUAUGCAUGGACAAUAAUGGAGACUCCAUCCUCUCGCCACAUAUUUCAUGCACUUUGUAUCUUCUUCCUCCCCAAAGCCACCUGCCCCAGACCACAGAAAUGAGGUGUAAACCCUUCAAACCUUCACACCAUGCAAAACAUCGAAAUGGUCGAAGAUGGCUUACACACAUGCAACCCCUUCCCCUACGUGUCCCUCCCUCACCUCCUUCCCCAUCCCUAUAAAUCCCAAACCCUUUCCACUCUCUUCCUCACCAUAGUAGCUAGCUAGCUAGUAUUCGACUCUCUAAAAUGGCUAGGUCUUUAGCUAUCUCUCUUUGCUUGCUUGUUCUCUUUCAUGGCUGCUUAGCCUAUCGCCAACAGUCUCAGUACAGCCAGAGCGGGCAAAAUGAGUGCCAGAUCAACCAGCUCCAGGCCCGCGAGCCCGACAACCGCAUUGAGACUGAGGCGGGUCGGAUCGAGUCAUGGGACUACAACCAGGAUGACUUCCAGUGCACCGGAGUCGCCGUUCAGAGAAUCAUCGUCGAGCGCAACGGCCUUCACUUGCCUUCUUACACCAAUACUCCUCGCCUCGUUUACGUUGUCCAAGGUAGGGGUCAUCUAGGAAUGGUGAUGCCCGGCUGUCCCGAGACAUUUGAGGAGUCCGAGCAAUCUGACGAGGAACAACAGGGCUCGCAACAACAACCACGGCAAGGCCGCCAGCAACAGGGACGCCGACAAGGACAAUAUGGACGAGAAGGCCAACAGGGAGAACAAGAGAGCUUCGAACAGCUAGACCGACACCAGAGGGUGCGACGCGUCAAGGAAGGUGACGUUAUCGCCAUCCCUGCCGGAGUCACAACCUGGUCCUACAACGACGGUGACCAAUCUCUCAUUUUUGUCAGUCUUCUAGACAUCAGCAACAAUCACAACCAGCUUGACCAAAACCCAAGGCGAUUCUAUCUUGCUGGUAACCCAAAAGAUGAGUUCAACCAACAAGGCCAAAGCCGAGGCCAAUCGAGACAACAACAAGAACAACAGGGAAGGAGCAGACGCCAACAACAGGGAAACAACAACAACAACAUCUUUGCCGGAUUCGACACCAGACUCCUCGCCGAUGCUCUCAACAUCGACCAACAGACCGCUCAGCAGCUCCAGGGACAGAACGACAACAGGCCACAGAUUGUUAGGGUUCAGGGACGUCUCGACUUCAUCCAGCCUCCUGAGUCAAUGAGGGAGGAAAGACAACUCCAAGGACAACAGGGACAACAGGGACAGAAUGGCUUUGAGGAGGUAUUCUGCCACAUGAAGAUCAAGCAGAACAUCGGCAAGCCUUCAUUGGCAGACGUCUUCAGCCCGCAAGCCGGUCGCAUCAGCACCCUCAACGGCUUCAGCAUGCCUAUUCUCAGGCACCUCCGUCUCAGUGCUGAGAGAGGCUUUUUGUACAACAAUGCUAUCCACAGCCCACACUGGAACUUGAAUGCCCAUGAGAUAGUCUAUGUCAUCAGAGGUAGCGCCAGGGUUCAGGUGGUGAACGACAACGGCGAGACCAUCUUGGACGACCAGGUCCGCCAGGGACAGCUCUUCGUCGUGCCACAGAACCACGCCGUGUUGCAGAAGGCCAUGAGCAACGGAUACGAGUACAUUGCCUUCAAGACUGAGGACAAUGCCAUGAUGAACACCAUGGCAGGCAGGACCUCCGUUCUGCGGGCACUUCCCGACGUGGUCCUAGCCAACGCUUACCAGAUGGACCGUGAGCAGGCAAGGAACCUCAAGUACAACAGGCAGGAGACCCUUGCCUUGAGCUCCUCAAGGUCUUUCCAGUCACAGAGGAGUUGGUGGGCUAUUGCUUAAAUGAAAGUAUGCAUGGUGCAAUGAAUAUAUAUGUAAAAAUAAUGUGAUGCGGCAUGUAGUGUUUUAGUCUUUUAGCAUCAAGCUAGCUAAGGAGUAGA